CUGGAAUUGACAGGGGGGUUGCUAGGGGACCCCUCUGCAGUUCUGCACUGCCACAGCGCUGGGAUUGGCGGGGUAGUCUCGGUUGCUUUAUCGUGAUAAGGUCUCGAUAAGCCGAUAAGGCACCUACGGCCUGGAGAGAGAUCCACCUCGCACACUGACCUCAUCCGGUGUGCACCUCCUUCCUCCGAAAGAGCCAAGCUUCACCUCUCACCUCCCAUUGACAACAACACGACCUUGAACUCCAAGAUACACACCUGCUCCCUUACCACGACAGCUCUUGCCGACCUUCACUAGCGCUUAGUCCGACGCCACGAUCAUAGAGAAGUACCAGCCCGGCACCGAGCGCGCAGCCUUGUAGCAAUACCACACACUACAUCAACACCACACAACGGGCACACAUCACCACCACCACAAAUGUCCCGCUCAACCCCCCGCCGACGAGGCGGCGGCCACGCCCACCACUCCUCAACCCAAGGAAACCCAACCACCGGCCCCCGGCCCGUCCAAUCCGACUACGAAUCCGACGCGGCGCACUACAUCGACUCCCACCCCGUCCCGGACCCGAACCCAGCCCUCUUCAACCGCACAAACACCGACCUCAACCUCUCCGUCCUCCGCCGCUACCUCCCCUCCAUAAACUCAACUCUCUCCAUCGCCGCCAACGCCGUCGUCUACACCUUCAACCCCACGCUCCCGGGCUGGGACAAGACAGGCAUUGAGGGGACGUAUUUCCUCUGCAUGCAGGACCCCGUCCCCGGCGCGGCGCCGACUCCGAGGGCGUGUAUCUUUGUGUUGAACCGUCGCGGGUUGGAAAAUGUGAUUCUCGAUCUGAGCGAGGUGGACGACUUUGAAGUCAUGGAUGAGAUUUACAUCUUUCGGCUGCGGGGCACCCCCGAAGAAGCGGCAGAGGGCACGAAUAAAGUCAUGGGCAUCUGGAUCCACGCAGAUAAAGAGGACACACGCGUUAUGAACUCGGCCCUCAUCUCCGAGACGCUCAAACUCGUCCGCCUCGCCGAGGAGCAGAACGCCGUUGCUGGCUUCGGCGGUCCCGGAGGCGGUGCAGGUGGUCACGGUGGCGCGGGCGGUGCCGUACAGGAAGAGGAGCUGGGCCCCGCGAUGCAGGCCAUUGGCCGGAAGCUGAGCUUGAGUGACCUGUUUGGCGCGCAGAAUGGGCUCCAGGGCUAGGAACCCGUGGUGUAUGCUGCGGGGAUCAGGGCGCGGGAGUCCUCGGUGAGGGGAUGGGGCUUUGCGGAGGCGUCUGAUGUGUGGAGAAUGGCAAAGAUUUGCUUGCGUGGUACCAAGAUGGAGUCUCUUCAAAGACGCUGAUGAUGUUGCUGAAGAUGAAGUCGAGGAUGGCAAAGAAUGAAGUGCACGAAAUAUCUACUUAGGACAAAAGGGGGACGCUCCGGAGAGCGCAACGGUUGAACCAAUGAUA